AUGGCUCGGCCACACAGCCUAAAACGUAAGCAAACGGUAAGCGCGUGGCGUCCUACUGGGCGAAGACGGUGGAACGUGCCCCAGGGGGCGACACGUCCCACUAUUCCCUCCGCGGUUCACGCGCAUAAUUACGCCACCACGCCCAGCAGCGAUAAUCGAAUGAUCGUGCUUAGCGAGCACAUCGACAUUGCGACGCGCCCGCUUCGAACGCUGCUGGACUCGUGCGCGACGAAUAUCUUCGUUCCCACCGAAAGUUUGAAGAUAUUUCCCUCGCGGAUGCGUGUCCGCGAGUCUCCAGAAACGGUGAUCAUCAAGUAUGCUGGUUGUAAGCCGAGGACACACCGACGGCGGUCGGUUGUCGUACCCAACCAGUUCGACGGCUUUAGAAGCUGUGACGAGUUUCAAUUCAUCGACUUUAACAGGUUGUUUGACUGCAUCUUUAAAUGCCGUGGCUUGCCUGGCAUCGUCCGGACUUCGAUUGGCUUUACCGCACUGCUAAGCCUUGUGAUAUAG